AUGUCACUCCCCUCUGCCACAGUCGCCCCAGUCGUCCCAGAAGUUCUCCCUGAGAAUCCAAAGGACCACACAAUCACUACAUCAACGCUCCAUGGCCCACUCCGUCUAAGCUUCAAAGACAAGGCAGCACGCGAGCGCGGCAAGACAAAAGGACGUCCAACAAAGGUAUAUCGACCGUCGCACGAGCGUAACGAAACCUUAGCCAGCAACGUGUCUCGCGUAAAGCAUCAAGUUCAUAUUGAGAACAAGAAGCUCAAGCUCAAGAAGCGCAACGCGUUUCAGUCUCGGGGAACUCUCAAGCCCAACUUGGACUUCACGACUGAACGUUUCUCAAGACACUUGAACGGGAGGAAGAAGACCAAGCCGACUCCGUUCAUAUCUACAACAAGUGUGCUCAUCAUUACCGGUAUCGACAUCUCAGAUAUAGUCGCAGCAACUCUGACGGCCGACAUGUCAACAACUAUCACUUCGCACGACCCCGAGCACGUUGACACGCAGUCAACCGAAACUAAAGUUUACCGCAACGUCAAAAUCCCAAUUUGGGUUCUCGACAAGACCCCUUACACAGGUCGCGCACACGAUCGACCGGAUUGCGUGGUCGACGACGUACUGGAAGCUGGCGGUAUGUUCUGGUUCUCGGUAAACGAGCUCAAAGACUCCAUGUUGCAUGUAUGGGUUUCACCGUCGCACCUGAACGAAUGGUUGGCUGUCAGCAGCAUUUCAAAGUCACUCGUCACCGAGACUAUGCCUUACGACGGCGCCGUUCUGCACACCACCAAGACAGGCACGGUCAUUCGAGCUCGCGGGUCGCCUGAACCGUACUACUGGAACUGGGACACCAAGCGUUGGGACCACAACCCUGAUUUGACCAACUAUCGCCCAUAUCGCCUCGAAAUAACUGGCGAUAAGCGAGUCCGAAGUAAUGAACAUACGGACGCCAUCAUUGCAGGUCUUAUCAUGGCUCGUCUCAAGCGUGCUAGAGGUCCUGGCCCCGAGACCGACUCGGACUCUGAGGCUGAGCCUGAUAUCGAUGCUAGGCGCGACUCAGACGACGAGGCCCCCGAUAGCGACUGA